UCAUAUCUGACUUUCUCGGGUAGUUUGUCGAAAUUGACCGGUUGAGUGAUUGAUCGUAUUUCCCCCUCUCCCCUCAAUUCCUUAUCUGUCGUCAUCGCGUUAUCAUCGCUCCCUCUCCACAUUCGUCUCUUUAUCCUUGCUGUGCCUGGCACAAGGGGUACUUCCGUUCAUCACCUCAUCACUCACAGAACAAUUCUCCUGUAAUUCACAAUGGCAGCUGUCUUCCGCUCCAGCCUCAAGCUUCGCUCGACGACGCGCCUGUCGGCCGUUCGCUCCCUGAGCACCACUGCUCACUUGCGGGCUGCUGAGAAGCCCUUCUUCCCCGAUGAGCCCUCGGCCCCGAGAUUGGCCACUGCCAUUCCCGGCCCCAACAACAAGGCUGCUGCUGAGAAGCUCGACAAGGUCUUCGAUGUGCGCAGCUUGAACAUGCUGGCCGACUACUACAAGUCUACUGGAAACUACAUCGCCGAUCUUGACGGCAACGUCCUUCUGGAUGUCUACGCUCAGAUUGCCUCCAUUCCUGUUGGAUACAACAACCCUCACCUCCGCAAGGUGGCUGGGUCUCCCGAGAUGGUCAAUGCCUUGAUCAACCGACCGGCUCUGGGUAACUUCCCCUCUCACGACUGGGCCGACAUCCUGAACGCUGGUAUUCUCAAGGUUGCCCCCAAGGGUCUCAACCAGGUCUUCACUGCAUUGGCUGGUUCCGACGCCAAUGAGACCGCUUACAAGGCCGCUUUCAUGUACUACCGUCAGCGCGAGCGUGGUGGCCCUGAGAAGGAGUUCACCGAGGAGGAGCUGCAGACUACCAUGACCAACCAGUCCCCCGGAUCUCCUCAGCUCUCAAUCAUGUCCUUCAAGUCCGCUUUCCAUGGCCGCCUCUUUGGCAGUCUGUCCACUACCCGCAGCAAGCCUAUCCACAAGCUUGAUAUCCCUGCCUUUGACUGGCCCCAGGCUCCCUUCCCCUCGCUCAAGUAUCCCUUGGAGGAGCACGCCGCGGAGAACGCACAGGAAGAGCAGCGCUGCUUGCAGGAGGUCGAGCGCCUGAUCAAGGAGUUCCACAACCCUGUUGCGGCCGUGGUGGUCGAGCCCAUCCAGUCCGAGGGUGGUGACAACCAUGCUUCUCCUGCUUUCUUCCAGGGACUCCGUGAUAUCACUAAGCGCCACAAUGUCUUGUUCAUCGUUGAUGAGGUGCAGACUGGUGUGGGCGCCACUGGAAAGUUCUGGGCCCAUGACCACUGGAACCUGACUACUCCCCCUGACAUGGUGACUUUCUCCAAGAAGGCUCAGACCGCCGGUUACUACUACGGAAACCCGGCUCUGCGUCCCAACAAGCCUUACCGUCAGUUCAACACCUGGAUGGGUGACCCGGCCCGCGCCCUCAUCUUCCGCGGUAUCACCGAGGAGAUCGAGCGCCUGAACCUGGUUGAGAACACUGCUAUCACCGGUGACUACCUUUUCGCUGGUCUCGAACGCCUGGCCAAGCAGUACCCCGAACACCUGCAAAACCUCCGUGGUAAGGGCCAGGGUACCUUCAUCGCAUGGGACUCCCCCAAGCGUGAUGAGUUCCUGGCCAAGGCCAAGCACGUUGGUGUCAACAUCGGCGGCAGUGGUCAGAACGCCGUCCGCCUGAGGCCCAUGUUGAUCUUCCAGAAGCACCAUGCUGAUAUCCUUCUGGAGAGCGUCGAGAAGAUCAUCAAGCAGUUGUAAAGCGGCUUGAUUUUCCUUUCACAACUUCUAUAUUUGAUCCCUCUUUGAUUCGAAAUUGGCGUUCACUGGUACAUUGGGUGGGUUGGCAUGAUAUAGGUUUCAUUUCUUGGGUUUUACUUCAGCCGAGAUUAGCAGC